CAUAUUUAUUUUGCUACAACUCCACUGUUCUACUCCACUGCUCUUUUGGCCAUUUACUAAUUCACAGGGCCGCAACUUGAAUCAAUACGAUUUAAAACGAAGUAAAGUUUCUUUUACUGCAAUAUGCUCAAGUGAAUUCUGUGUAUGUAAUUGUUUUUUCUCACAUGAAAUAUUUAAUUAUCAUAGUGUUUAGCGCUUAAAAAAACAGCUUUUAUUUUAUUGUUGGCCUUUAUUGCUUCUUUUGCCAUGAGCCUGCUUUCCAGCUGGCCACAGUGACAAAAUAGAGUCGACCAACGAUGGCUGAUGACAGCAGUGGUGGUAAUGCGAGUAUUGUGGACGAUCCAGAAGAGCGAAAACACUUUCAAAGAAUUGUGAACGCUUUUAGAUCGUAUAGGAGUUACUCGCUCCGACGGUUGUGUAAAGUGGUCAAAUAUGUGUCAAGUCUACCGCCCUCCCACCAGCUCAUGCUCAAGAGCUACCGGCAGCACCUGGACAGAGUCCGAAUGGCCAUUGACCACAAUCACGAGGUUCUCAAGCUGGUGGUUGAAAACAUAGCCCACAUGUUUGAGAAUGCAGACCACUCCGACGACGUGAAGCCGACAAACCAGAUUCAGGCCACAACGUUAGACAUGGACAAAGUGCAGGGUGUCCUGAAGCAGUUUGUUCGGGAAUGGAGUUCCGAGGGUGCCGAGGAACGGAAAGCCUGCUUUCAACCCAUUUUGGACACCAUUUCUGAACAUUACCCAUUAGAUGAAGUAGAGCCAGCUUCCAUUCAGAUACUUGUGCCUGGAGCAGGCCUCGGGAGACUUGCCUACGAGAUUGCUCGGCAAGGUUACUGUUGCCAGGGCAAUGAGUUCAGUCUUUUCAUGCUGUUUGCGUCCAACUUCAUCCUGAAUCGGUGUAAGGGCACCAACUUGUACGCUGUGUAUCCCUGGGUGCACCAAUACUACAACCACAUGGUCUCGACAGACCAGAUCAUGCCUGCUGAGUUCCCGGACGCCAAUCCCAGUGACGUUCCUCCCGAGGCACAGUUCUCCAUGGCAGCUGGCAACUUCGUCGAAGUGUACAGCUCACAGUUGGAAAUGUGGGACUGUGUGGCAACAUGCUUCUUCUUGGACACAGCGCCAAAUGUGGUGCUGUACAUAGAAACCAUAGCGCACAUCCUACGGCCUGGAGGCCUGUGGAUCAACUUGGGUCCCCUCCUCUACCACUAUGCUGACUUGCCGAACGAGGACUCGAUUGAGCCCAGCUACGAAGAUGUUCGGAACAUCAUUCUUGCCAUGGGCUUUAUUUUUCUGAAAGAAGAGACGGGUCUUCCAACACCAUAUACCCAAAACCCACGUUCCAUGAUGCGAUACGAGUACCGUAGUGUGUUCUUUGUUUGUCAGAAACCACUGCAGCCCUCUAAUGCCAUAGAAGAGGCAAUUCACGAUGAAGUUGCUGACAGUAGUGACUCCUGAUUCAGCGACUCUUGUAUGUAGAAAAAAUGUGAAUGCAAGCGUUCACGGUACAUAUAGAAAUAGCGUCUGGUUGUAAUGCAGUGGCUCAGUUUUUUUUUUACUAAUGUGUUCUCGUAUGACUUUUCACAAGUGUGGGUAGAGAUGAGAACUGAAUGAGCAUUGGUGUUUCAUGUGAGUCCCAGUUUGUGUCGGGCAUUUACCUGUGAAUAAAAGGCAUCAUCAUUAAUGUUAAAGGUAACGUCAAACUAUUUAGGUGCUACUAUAUACGUAAAUUUGCUUAGCUGGCAAAUUGAUUUUGCUAUUCAAAGCAUGAGUGGUGGACUUACGAACAUGAGGACCAAUUGAUUUAUUCAAAGGGCAGCAGUGCAAUGCAAGGUUCUGAAAAUAUUGUAAAACAGUGCUUUCUUUUGUUUUUCACCAACUCGUAUCCUGCACGUAUUUCAGCUACCAGAACUGGAUCAAGUAGUGUGGGUGUUCAGUGAAGUAAGAAGUCUACCAACCACUGUGAAUAAGAGGUUGUGUGGUAACGGCAGCAGAAAUGGUUAUAAGGACCCAGCGACACCUUUUAUUAAAGCCUGGGGAGUGUGUCUUGUACUAAAGGGAAUCUUCUCGCAGUAGCUCUCUCGCAAAAUGUUUGAAUGCUCCUUGUACGAAAAUAGUUAUCAGCAGUAAACUGUUUCCCUUUUGAAAAAAAACUAUAUCCAAUAAUCCUGUCUGAACAUAUGAAGAUCCCAUAUAAAAGCCUGCAUGUUUCCAUAUAUCAUAUGGGACAUAUUCCAUGUGAUCCCCAUAUUCAGAAUAUGAACAUAUGGGAUCUUUAUAUGCUCAUAUAAGAUUAUUGUAUAAGGGGCAUAUGGAUUUUUUUGAUAGGGUUCCCCUGACAUUCUGUCAAAGCCUUAGCCUCUAUUUUCUAUUUGCUAUGGCGCUUAAAGUUGUGCCACUGUGUUAAUGCGAUAUGAUGUUCACUGUGCCCUGCCACUUGCAACGCUGAGCUUCGGUAUGGCAUAGCUACCAAGUUCAGUACAUCAGUCUGCCCCAUCUCUGAGUUGUAGUGUUAUCAUUCUCCACAACCAGAUGGUGCCAUCACCUUACCAGCAGCGAUAUUUAGACUGCUUGGUCUUGAUGUCUCAAGAAAUCCUGCCAGUGGCUAUUGUGUUGAAGUUGAACCUCGAUAUAAUGAACACAGAUAAAACAAAUCAUCGGAUAUCAUAAAAUAAACCUAGAAUGCUUCUCACCUACAUCAGCAUGUAACAAAUAUAUGCUUAUAACAAAUAUUAAAUAUAAUGCAGAUAUUUUCGUAUUGGUUGCUACUUCGUAAUAAUGAGGUUUGACUGUAUAAACGACUUGACUUUCACAAAUGGCUUGCUAUUUGUAAAAAAAAGCGGGCAAGUUUGCACUCGCUCGUGCAAAGCUUAGGCACAGCGAAAGUGUCAAUCCUUAAGUCUUACUAGCUGCUACUGCUAGGUAUGAACUUGGUUGCUGCUAGGUCAUAGCUUGGUUUACCUUAACUAUGCAUGUAGGGAAGGUAUUCUCGAGCGAUAAUUUUCGGAGAUGCCUUCCCUUUUGCGACAUUUUGCAUGACUAGCCCUGGACGCGUCGGCGCCUACGAGCGACAGCGUUCCGGGCAUGCCACAAACGCACGCAGGCAGGCAAGAGCCGUGUCUGUGUCGGGCGAAGCGAGCACGCAUCAUUACCGGUGGUUACUAGGCAACCCGAGGUGACGUCAUCGCUACUGCUUCGGCGCAUGCGCGACUAGGCAAUGCAGGUGGCAUCGGCAGCAGCUCUGCACGUUGCCUCGUUAGUGCUGCUGCAAUUUCUUUUGCUCUCUAUCUCGCUGUCAUUUUCUCUUUCCCUCUCCCGAGCAUUGCACAUGCCGCGCGCAUGCUCUCCUUCCCUCUCCUUAACGACCCAUGUCAAGGCAACAUGUGCACGGCACGGAGAGGAGGCAAGGCACACGUCGCUCUGCGAGGUGGUUGCUAGGAGGCAACGCAGUGACGUCGUAGCUCGGCGAGGUUUUGCGACAGCAGGCACCACUUUUUACGGUUAGCUAGAGCAGCUUCGCUGUUAAAAAAAGUUGAUUCCAUAAUGAAUUUUGUGAGACCAGUUUCACCAGUAGCAGACAUCUUUAGCAGUGUGACCUCCUUUGAAAAUUUUACAUCAGUGAAGUAUUUUGAAAAAUGAAUUGCAAAAUAAGACCUAAAAAAAAAACUUAGGUUACAGAAAUGAAGCUGUUUACAAUAUAUGAUGGUGUCUGUUAUUUUCUUUUCCCAUGUUAUCUAUUUUUAUUGAAACAGAUUUAUUAAAGGCCUCCUGUACUAGAUGUCAUAAUUCUGUCAUAUCAGCUUGAUUAGCUAAAGAUGUGGGCACUGCUUUCAAGUGAGAUUACACAGUACUGGUACGGAAUUGAGUUAAUCGAAAAUUUGUAUUAACUUACUUUGUGUUAGGGCACUAAAGCACAUGUCCUAAUUGAAGACGAGCAGUAAUGAAGUAAUAUUGAUUAAACAGAAAUCCUUUUCUUAGCGCCAUUUUCAAGAAACAUGUUCUCAAAAUAUUUGGCCAAAUGCUUAAUGUUUUAGUUAGCCCAUAUCAGCACUUCAUUUUCACAGUGCCGAUAAGUGUUAACUGGAACAUCAAUGCAGUUUGCAUCUGAUAUUGAGGACUUAUUUCUCGAAACCGGUGCUAAACACAGAAAUUCUGCUGGAUGAGCAUUAUUUCACUAGUGCUCAGCUCCAAUUCUGCAAACGAGACUUAUGCUUUAGCCCUUUGACUGCUGGGUAUUUUUUCCGAUUGCUCCUCAGACCAUGGUGGGUUUUCUUUGCGUAUUGGUUCAGCAGGACAUAUCAUACUACAUUGAGGCAAAUUCUUUGUCCUCGCUUUCGAUUCAGAUUUCAUAAAAAAAUCAUAAAUUUCCUCAUGUGUCAAAUUUAGGAUGGAUCUGACAAACUAGUUUACCAUGGCUGCUUUGCCAAGUCUGUGCGAGAGAUCCACGAAAUAUUUGCUCUGCCUACUGUCAGAAGGUUAGCUUGCAAGUUUUGUCUGUUUAGCUGCCCUCUCCACAGAUGGUAAGCAGAUGGCAGAAAUGGUAAGCAAUAGUCUAUUUUGUACGACUUGCUGUAGAGGCAGUGAGUGUGCUGAAUCCAGCAAGCAAGCAUACUAGGAAAGUGGCAGGGAGUGUGCGAGGGUCGGGCCCUCAGUUACAUAGAGAGUGACAGUCAAAUGGUUAAAGUGAUUAAUUACAAUCUUAAUUUUCUUAGUUAGCUAACUAACAUAACUCUGCAAUCUGUUUUGCAAGUAGGGCUCGCCUGUUCAAGUAUAAUCCAGCUGAUCUGAUGGAAUUGCUAUGUAUAACACAAGAGAUUUUAAUAGGUUGGUUUUCAUCCAAAUUGAUAAUUAGGAAUACUAGUAUGAUUUUCUCAUGCCGAUAACUGCCCUGAGGAAGUUGUGAUGUACUAUAAACUGUGAGCAUACCUAUGUCUCUUGUGUGUCUUGCACUACAUCCAACUAUCAAACGUGAACUAGCCGAUCUCGAGAAUGAACUGCGCAGCAUUUAAUGGGUGCAUUUACCCCGUGUAAUGUUAGGCCUGUUGAGGUAUCCAAGAAAAUAUUUACAGAUAAUGUUUGUGUAAUCUUUGCUUCAUCUUCAAAAGUGACAUGAGCUUGUUCUCUUGGAUCUCAUUUGAACUGAUUGUGCUUUGCUAUUUGCAGGUGAAUUGUGUCACACAGUGAUUCACAACUGUGCACAGAGCACUCGGGAUGAAAAUCUAAGUUCUGUAACUGACACUGUUAACGUGCGCUGAUAGCUCCAGGUCACACAAGGAUAUGCACCUUCAGGGCCACAAAGCUCGUUGUUCCUGGUUUCUCGUUAGUUAGGGUAUUGCUCUGCUGUAUUUAUCAAUUUUAUAUUGGGUAGGGUAAUGACGUUAUCAAAUCAGCUAACACAAUCGUCCCUGUUUGUCAUUAAGCGCUGCCACAUUUUGUUUUUGUAAUACUGCUCUUUUUCGUAACUUCUCUGGACAGUAAAGCCAAUCUCAGCACAAAUUUUCGAUUCAUUGAACGCAUUGAAUACAAAUGUGAGAUCAUUUCUGUUUGUGUAGUCAUCCUGUGUGGGUUCAGUUUAUAACCUUCGUAAAUGUUAAUUCAUAAUUGUUGAUGCAUAUUUAUCAGUUUUUCUUCGCGUUAAGAUCAAUCGGCCAGUGGGGCUGGGAACCAUUGAUGAAGCUGCUUAACUUCGUAACUUCGUUGUUUCAUUUUCUACAGUGUAGUUUACUUCUUUGAAAGCUGUUGUUAAUGUUUCCUUUAAGGGUGACUGCUUCUUAGAUGAGUGCAGAAUAUGUAAUGACUGACUGUUGGCUCCUAUGUGUGGCAAGGAGGAGUAAUUCAUAUUGUUAAUAGAGAAAUAAAUCCUGCCAAUGAAAUAAAAUGUGAUGAUGUGA